ACCUAAGUGAUCUAGUACGUUGAUACAUGUUAUGAGCUUGUACGUAUGUUUAUGUGUUUAAUUGUGUAAGAGGAACGUGUGUGUGUGUGUUCAGUAAUGUUCGUGUUCUCGUAGUACACUGGCAUGGCUAUUCACAUGUGGUCCUUUGACCGGCCGGCUCCGUUGUCACGUGUUUCUUGGUACUGGUUCGAGGCUGUGUUGAUCAUCGUAGUAUUGUUUUCACCGUGUACAUCUCCAGUCAACGGCCAGUGCAUUGAAAAGAUUUGUAACGAUGUAGAUCCCAAUAAGUUGAAUGUCCAUCUAAUAGCGCACACGCAUGACGAUGUUGGAUGGCUUAAAACUAUAGAUCAAUAUUAUUAUGGAAGUAAUAAAGUCCAUGCACCAUUCGGAGUACAAUAUAUUUUGGAUUCUGUAAUAUCUGAAUUAUUGAAAAAUAAAAAUCGUCGAUUUGUGUUUGUGGAAACGGCAUUUUUAUGGCGUUGGUGGGAAGAACAGGAUGAAUGGAAUAGAAACACACUGAAGUCUCUAAUAAAAGAAGGACGAAUGCAGUUGUUACAUGGUGGCUGGGUAAUGAGUGAUGAAGCGUUACCUCAUUAUUCUGCGCUCAUUGAUCAAAUGACGUUGGGUCUUAAGUUUCUCAACGACACAUUUGGAGAGUGUGCAAGACCUCGAGUGGCCUGGCAAAUAGAUCCAUUUGGACAUUCAAGUGAGGUAGCAGCUGAAUUUGCACAAAUGGGAUUUGAUGGUUUAAUCGUAGGUAGAAUUGAUCACGAGGACAUUGCAGUUAGGAAGUCUGAGAAGAAAAUGGAAAUGUUAUGGAGGCCAGAUGUAAAUAUUGGAAAAGAUGGCGAACUAUUUACAAGUAUUUUAUAUAACUUAUACGUGGCACCAGAAGGAUUCUGCUUCGACGCAUAUAUGUGCAAUGACGACCCAAUUUCAGACAACCCAAAACUUCACGGCUAUAACGUGAAUGCAAAAGUAGAAAACUUUGUAAAUCACGUACUAAAAUAUGCAGCAGCUUAUAAAACGAAUAAUAUAAUGAUGCCGAUGGGAGGUGAUUUCACUUAUUCAGUUGCAUCAGCUUGGUUUCGAAACAUGGAUAAAUUAAUAAAAUACGUUAAUACAAUGAAACCUGAUAUAAAUGUAUUGUAUUCGACGCCUGAGUGUUAUUUAAGAGCUUUACAAAACAUUGAAAAUGUCACAUGGCCGCUUAAAGAUAUUGAUGAUUUUUUCCCUUACGCUCACGAUGAACAUUCGUAUUGGACAGGAUAUUACACUUCUCGAUCAAAUUUGAAAUUUAUGAUUUCUAAGGCAAACAACUUGUUACAGGUGAUAAAACAAUUUAGUUCCGUAUUAACACAAGAGCAUGAAGAACAAGUUCAAAAGCUUUCUAUGGUCGUAGCUCAAUCGCAACAUCAUGACUCAAUCACCGGGACAGAAAAACAACAUGUGACAGACGACUAUGCACUGUACUUGGAUGAGGGCAUAACCGAUUCUCAAAAAGUAGUAACCGCUACUUACAGGAAAUGGUUUGGUAACGAAUACCCUGAACAACGUUAUUGUAAAUGGCUCAAUGUCAGCGAUUGUGAAGUAUCUGAAAGUAGCUCUAGAUUUGUUGUUACUCUAUACAAUCCAUUAUCACAUAACAUUUCUUUGCCAAUCCGAAUACCAGUUAAAUACGCCAAAUAUAAAAUCACCGGGCAAAAUGAUGUUAACAUCGAGCAUGAAUUAGUAGUAUCACCCGGACAAAUUUUCCGAGCUGCUGGUCGUACUUCAAAUACCACACAUGAGUUGGUUUUUUUUGCUAAAGAAGUCCCACCAUUAGGCGUCAAAAGUUAUCACAUAGAAAAGCUCAAUGAUUUGAACACUCCACCAUUACCGAAGCCUUACAACUCCUCGGAAUCAGUGACUAUUAGCAAUGGGAAAUUAACCGUAAGUUUCAACGGUACUACUGGACUUAUAGAACGUAUAGAGAAAAAUGGCGUCAAUCAUACUUUUCAGCAAAAUUUUUUUUAUUAUGAAGCAAUGAAAGGCUACAACUAUAAUGCUGAUAAUCGUGCAAGCGGGGCAUAUAUCUUUAGGCCUGCUAAAAACCAGGCCACAGCUGUUUCCAAUAAACUUGCAUUGACUAUUCAUAAAGGAAGAUAUGUUAGUGAAGUACACCAGACAAUCAGUCCAUGGUUAAGUCAAGUUGUUCGUAUUUAUGACCAAGAAGAAUCGAUCGAAUUCGAAUGGUUUGUUGGGCCAAUACCAAUCAGUGAUGAUAUGGUUGGGAAAGAAGUGAUCACGAGAUAUUCUACUAAAAUCGCAUCUAAUGGUACGUUUUACACUGAUUCUAAUGGUAGAAGAUGGAUGAAAAGGAAAUUAAAUCAUCGUUCCUCAUGGAAUUUAACUUUAACUGAACCAGUAUCUUCAAACUAUUACCCCGUGUCAACAAGUAUAGCAAUAAGAGACUCAUUUUAUCAAGCAACAAUUAUAACUGACCGAGCUCAAGGUGGAACCAGUUUAGAAAAUGGAACAAUCGAACUCAUGCUUCAUCGUCGAUUAUGGUACGACGACAGUCAAGGAGUUAGUGAGCCGUUGGAUGAGAAUCAAUUCGGAGAAGGAAUGGUAUCAAGAGGAAAACACAUUUUACAUUUCAAUGAACUCGACAAAGCUGCUAAAGUACACAGGCUCUCUGCACUCCAUACAGUGUUGCAACCUGUUCUAUCAUUUGCUUCGACAUCUUUGCCAUCAAAUGAAUGGAAUGCAAAAUUCAAUACCUCAAUUAGUUUAUUGAAUACUUCCUUACCUAUUAACAUCCAUAUAUUAAGUUUGGAACAUUGGAGGAAAAACCAAUUGCUAUUGAGAUUAGAACAUAUUUUUGAAAAAGAUGAAGACAGGUUUCUAUCAUUACCCGAAAAUGUUAAAAUUCAAAGUUUGUUCAAACAUUUAAACGUCGUAGACUAUAAAGAAUUGACACUUGGAGCAAACAUUGCUAAAGAAGCUCUAGAUCGAUUUACUUGGAAUCGUAAUGAUAAAACACAACUAUCAACUCCAGAUUCAGACUCAUUAGACAUUCUACUAACACCAAUGGCCAUAAAAACUUAUUUACUGACAGUAAAAGCUCAUUAAUGUACAUAAAUAUUUAUUUUUUAAUAACUAAACUAUUAUAAAAGAUCAACAGUACAUAAAUAAUCAUUAAAAUCUAUAAAGUUAGUAUAUAUUUUAGAAAAAAUAUUUAAAGAACUAAUCAUUAACAUUAUACUUUCAUUAUAAUUCAUUUUUAUAAAAGAUUGAUCGAAAAAAAAAUAGAUAAAGCAAAGCGUACAAAUAUUAUUAAAAUUUUAGUGUUAGUAUCAUUGUAAUAUCAUUAAAACCUUGAAGCCUGCAUUUUUUUAAAGUUAGAACUUAUUACAAUUUGUUAGAAAUUUCAUUGUCUAUUUUACAAUUUUUCAAAACUCAAAAGAUACAAACAAUUUUAAAAUAAAAUUUUUGUU